AUGUGCAGACAGACAGUUUGCCGGGGUGGAACACAGCAACCAUGCUACAAAAUAGUUUAUUUUCAUGAUGCUUCACGCAGGAUCAGCUAUGAAGAAGCACACCUUGCCUGCAGAGGUGAUGGCGGACAUCUAGUCAGUAUUGAAACAGAAGCAGAGCAAAGACUGAUUCAAAAAUUUAUUGAGAGUCUCUUAGCUUCUGAUGGAGAUUUUUGGAUAGGGCUUAAGAGGAAAAAGGAGGAGGUAGACAAUAGUACAGAGUGUCAAAAUCUCUACUCCUGGUCAGAUGGCAGCUCAUCCAAGUUCCGGAACUGGUAUGUAGAUGAGCCAUCCUGUGGGAGUGAAAUCUGUGUUGUGAUGUACCACCAGCCAUCUGCCCCACCAGGUGUCGGAGGUCCAUACAUGUUUCAAUGGAACGAUGACAGAUGCAACAUGAAAAAUAACUUCAUUUGCAAAUAUUCUCUUGGUAAUGAGUCAUUCUGUAGCUUUAAAAACCAACCUGCUCCCAGUCCCCAAGAGGAGCCAGGUGGGGAUGUUGCAACAGAGCCCUUGAACCCAGUAUUCCCAGGAGAACGCCCUAAGAAAGAUGCUAAUGUAACAGUUGUAGAAGCCAAAGAACCUGUUCAGAGUCUUGCCUACAUCCUUAUUGCCAGCAUUCCUGUGCUGCUUCUCCUGAUGGUCGUUACAGCCGUCUUCUGUUUUUGGCUUUUUUUAAAGAGGAGACAGGAGCGAAUAGAUGCAAGCCCAAAGGAGGAAGAUGCAUGGUUGUCUAACCUCAGGAGGAACAGUCCAAAUCUGGAUAUUUAUAAAGUAAUCAAGAAGCAAUCAGAAGCAGAUCUGGCUGGAACCAGGCCUGACACUAAGAAUUCUUCCUUCCGUACACAGGAAGAUAAGGUGCUUGAGAGCCUCUCCAGGGAUUAUGAUGAUGCGGCAAUGAAUACAUCAACGAGUGGCUUUGUGACAUUGGCCAGUACUGAAAGUGGCUUUGUGACCAAUGAUAUCUAUGAGCUGUGUGGAGAUCAUGUGGGGAGGAGCAAGGAAUCGGCCUGGGUGGAGAAUGAGAUUUACGGAUAUUAA